AUUCACAGUUCCACAAGUCAACCCUACUACUUCGUUCUCUACGAAUUUUCCUUUUGUCAUAAUGCCGCGUCUCAAAAGCAAUAAGGAUCCUCGCAAGGGCCUCGAGAACCGCAGAAAUGGCAUUUUCAAGAAGUCAAAUACCUUCUACCGCAUCUAUGGCGCACAGAUCGCCGUCAUUGUGCAUUAUCAAGGCCAAGUGGAAGCCUAUGAAUCGCACCCUGGCUUCUUGAGAAGUCAGACAAAUACAUCGGUCGCUGCAGACUGUAUCAAAGGUCCGGAUGACUUCGACCUUGUGAGAGACCGCACAGUGACGGAAGUGCCGACUUCCCAGGCCUACGCUCCCGUUGCUCUUAUGAAGCCCAGCAUCGACGAGGACUACAGCGAUAUUUUUACGCCCCCUCUGGUUUCUAGCUCUUCGAGCAACAUUACAACAGAAUCAUCAUUCGAGCCAAGGCAAAAUGAUGAGGCGGAAUCUGAACUGUUCAUAGACAUGCUGCCUCAUACGCCCCCCAUGGCAUUACCUUCGGAUAGCAUCAUAGACGAGGACGCCCCAACGCCUCAGAAACUAAUGGAAGCCAGCGGUAUCAUCUUGCCAUCAAUGCUUCUUCAGUCAAGCCUACCAACAGCAUCGGCUGGCGAAGCUUGCAGCGCUUCUGCUGAAGAGUUGCCACUGCAUCACCCUAGACCGAUAUCGAUCCGGCGUAAACAGGCCUUGCUCUCUCUGGCUGGCAAAUUCUUCGAGUAACGGAGGAAUCGCGGAACUUUGUCUUAUGCCAUCUAUGUUUUUGGGAGAAACUUUGUUUGGAAUCAAUGAUUAUUACCGUAUCUGAUCUAGUGUUUCGUAUAGUUCCUCAAAUUUGACAUCAAUCUCAUUCCA